AUGAUGACUGAAAAGUUAAAUUCUGGGCACACUAAUUUAACAAGCAAGGGGCUUAUAAAUGAUCUUCAAAUUGCUGGAAACACAAGUGACGAUAUGGGCUGGAAAUCAAAGCUGAAGCUGCCGCCAAAGGACAACCGAUUCAAAACAACUGAUGUGACCGAUACGCGAGGAAAUGAGUUUGAGGAGUUUUGCCUUAAAAGAGAACUGCUUAUGGGUAUUUUCGAGAAGGGUUGGGAGCGCCCUUCGCCAAUUCAGGAAGCAGCUAUUCCUAUAGCUUUAAGUGGAAAGGAUGUACUGGCUCGGGCCAAGAACGGUACUGGCAAAACGGGAGCCUACUGUAUCCCAGUUUUAGAACAAAUAGAUCCAACCAAGGACUACAUUCAGGCCCUGGUGAUGGUCCCCACCCGAGAGUUGGCGCUACAAACUUCACAGAUAUGUAUUGAGCUGGCGAAACAUCUUGAUAUCCGGGUAAUGGUCACAACAGGAGGCACCAUUCUGAAGGAUGACAUUCUUCGUAUAUAUCAAAAAGUACAAUUAAUUAUUGCCACUCCCGGACGAAUAUUAGAUCUGAUGGAUAAGAAAGUUGCUGAUAUGUCGCAUUGCAGGAUAUUAGUUUUGGAUGAGGCCGAUAAACUAUUGUCGCUUGAUUUUCAAGGCAUGCUGGAUCAUGUUAUACUUAAGCUACCAAAGGAUCCACAGAUCUUGCUAUUUUCCGCAACAUUUCCACUGACAGUCAAAAAUUUCAUGGAGAAGCAUUUACGCGAGCCUUACGAAAUCAACCUGAUGGAGGAGCUAACGUUGAAGGGUGUCACUCAGUACUAUGCAUUUGUACAAGAGCGCCAGAAAGUACACUGCUUGAACACUUUGUUCUCAAAGCUGCAAAUUAAUCAGUCUAUCAUAUUCUGUAAUUCCACGCAACGUGUCGAGUUAUUAGCCAAAAAGAUCACAGAACUUGGCUAUUGCUGUUAUUAUAUUCACGCAAAGAUGGCCCAAGCACACAGAAACCGAGUGUUCCACGAUUUCCGCCAAGGACUCUGUAGGAAUCUGGUCUGCUCGGAUCUGUUUACCCGAGGUAUAGACGUGCAGGCCGUGAAUGUGGUGAUCAACUUCGAUUUCCCUCGAAUGGCAGAGACGUACUUGCAUCGAAUUGGUCGCUCGGGACGUUUCGGUCAUUUGGGUAUUGCUAUAAAUCUGAUAACCUAUGAGGAUCGUUUCGACCUGCAUCGGAUUGAAAAAGAACUUGGUACCGAAAUAAAGCCUAUUCCGAAGGUCAUAGACCCCGCCCUUUAUGUCGCAAAUGUUGGCGCAUCCGUCGGAGAUACUUGCAACAACAGUGAUCUGAAUAAUUCUGCAAAUGAGGAAGGCAAUGUGAGCAAAUAAAACGGAUGCAACUGUAACACUAGGAUCUGAAGUAGAGUCUAAAUCAUGAAAUCAAUAAAAAAGAUGAACUAUUUCAGAAAAACAAAAUUGUAUUAAAUAAAUGGAAAGCAAUUCAAUUUUUUA